AUGACUGAAAAUUUAAGUUCUGGUGGUUCUUCACAAACUACUAGUACUGUUAGGUCUCAUUUUACGUUGGUUGAGGAAUCAACAAAAGCCCAAUCGCUAAGUAUAAGUGAGCUAGCGGAAACACAACAAAUCUUCACAAACACUUAUAAAGGAAACAUCCCAGUAAAGUUGAACAUGAAGCAGAAAGCACUGUCAUUUAAAUUAGGGCCAGGACAUAUAUUACCUAAUAUUUUAGGGGGUGGAGAGGUUGCUUUUGCUGUGAUGGAAGAAGAGAGAAAUCGUCAAGGACUCUCGAAUUUUGUUCUCUAG